AUGGCAACCACAUUCAUUGCUAAGCACAGUCUCACAAUACUAGCUCUAACCCAUAUUUUCUUCUUUCCUUGUUUUCUUCUAGGGAAGGCAGAUGACUAUUUUCCUCAAACAGGAGCCGCAAAUGGUUAUGUUCCUCAAACAGGAGGUGCAAAUGGGUAUGGUCCUCAGACAGGAGCAAAUGGUUAUGGUCCUCAGACAGGUAGCGUUGGCGUGGACGAUCCUGCUGAAGUUGUUUCCAAGGCCCUGUUAUGUUUCAACAAUAACUACGUUUAUAGCAGCUGCGAGCAAUCCUAUAGAUUAACAGAGAGCGGGGACAUCAACGUGCCACCAGAAUAUGCUGAUCAAUACUGCCGCGGGCCAUGCUUCAGCGAAACUAACCUUGUGCUGAACUGUAUCGACAAUAUAUUAUCCCACUUCUUGUUUUACAACAGGGCAUCGAUACAGGAUGUGAGGGAGACAAUCAAGGCAGGAUGUAGCUAUGGUCCAGAAAGAGGUAACUUCAAUGUGGCUGAGCAUAUUCAAGCCAGAGAGAAUAGUGCUUCCAAGAGUUCAAAAUCUGCUAUGCUUGGGCUUCUCUUGAUGACUGUCUUGAUGGGAUAUUAUCUACUAUAUUAA